CACAGCGGUGCGUGUCCGCUGGCCGGGUGGUCGCUGGACACCGAGGCCCGGCCGCCUGCUGGCCUGCUGGCCGGGUGGUCGCUGGACAGCGAGGCCGAAGCCUGGUGGGGCACACCCGGGUCACCCCAAGGCCCAGCGGGCUGAAGCCGCGAUCGGACAGUCCUCGGGCGGCCCUCCUCCUGCGCUGACCUGUGAAUUUCCACGGAUGCAGGAGCAACCUGGCGAGGGAGAGAGCAGUGUGUGAGUUACGGAGGGACACGAUGCAGGCCUCUGUGGUCCUCGAGGACGUGGCCGUGGACUUCACCCGGGAGGAGUGGGCUUUGCUGGACCUUGCUCAGCGGAGCCUCUACAGAGAGGUGAUGCUGGAGACCUGCUGGAACCUGGCCUCACUCGGGUACCUGCUGCACACACCCCAGCUCUUCUCCCAGGAGCUACAAGCGGAGGCCCCAAAGACAGCAAGAGGAAGACUUACCCAAGACGUCUGUCCCAUGGAGCACCAGGAAGGCAAGAAUCCUUGGGAUAAACGGUCCUUGGGAUAAAAGUAAACCAGAUAAAAGCAAACAUACAACCUUGUUUUAUCCAAGGAGGCUGCUGCUCCAGAUGCCUUAAUGACUGUUCUCCCUGUCCUUAGCCAAGGCCUCCCAUAUCAUUCCUUCCUGUAAGUUCCAUGUGCAUGGAGCUCCAUUCCUGUCUGUCCUUUCUCUUUAUACUAGUCUACUUUUUUGCCAGCAGUUUCACUCUCCGUAGAAUUAUUUCUUACAUUUAAAAACACUGCUAUUUAUUUUUAUUUAUCUGAAAGGCAGAAAGAGCUCUUUCCAUCGUUGGUCCAUUUUCUACAGGCCUAUAACAGCCAACGCUCAGCCAGGCCAAAGGCAGGUGCUGGGAGUUCCCUUCGGAGCCCACCCAAGGGUGGUGGGAAGCCAGCACUUGGGCCAUUCUUGCUGUCUCCUGCACUGCUUACUAACAGGAAGCUGGGACUCAACCCAAGCACUCCCAGUCCAGCCUAACCACCGUGCCCAUUACCUGUCCUGUUUCUUAGCUGCUAACCAUCUCAACCCUGGCGGAAACAGCCAGACUGCUCAAAGUCCUCAGUGUACAGGUGCCCUCCCUUUUUCGUUUCAGCCUUUGAAAUACAACCAAAAGCUAAGGAACCAGUUGCUCUGCGAGAUAUGUAUGGAGAAAAAGCAUCCCAUGAACAGAAAAUUCUAAGAUUCAAAAGGAAUGAUUCUUGGUCUUCCAUUUUACAUGAAAUCUGGGAAUACCAUGAUACUGAUUAUCGGAACAAAAACCAGGAGAGACAGCUGAGUCACGUGGCAGAGAAUCCCUAUAAAUACAACGAGGAGCAUCAGCGUGGACACAGCUUGAACCAAGUCCCAAAUGUCAAGGGCGUGACUGCAGUCAGUUCCUACGAAUGCCACGAGUGUGGCAAGGUCUUCACGGAUCAUCCAUCACUUGAGGCCCACCUGAGCUCUCACACAGGGAGCAAGCCCUACCGGUGCAAGGAGUGUGGGAAAGCCUUCCACUUCCUCGCUUGUUUUAAGAAGCACGUGAACACUCCCAAUGAAGGGAAGCCCUACACGUGUAAGGAAUGCACGAAAGCCUUCCGCUGUUCCUCCCUCUUCAGGGCACACAUGAAGAUCCACACGGGAAAGACCAGCCAUGAAUGCCAGGAAUGUGGCAAAGCCUUCAGCUGCUCUUCUUCCCUCACAGAACACAAAAGAAUUCACAGCGGAGAUAAGCCCUACGAAUGUAAGGAGUGUGGCAAAGCCUUCAGCUGCUCCUCCUCCCUGUCCAAACACAAGAGGAUGCACAGUGGAGACAAGCCGUAUGCGUGUAAGGAAUGUGGGAAGGCCUUCAGCUCUUCCUCUCACCUCAUCAUCCACAUACGGAUUCAUACCGGGGAAAAGCCCUAUGAAUGUAAGGAUUGUGGCAAGGCCUUCAGCGAGUCUUCCAAACUCACCGUACAUGUGAGAACACACACAGGAGAGAAGCCCUACAAAUGCCAGGAGUGUGGAAAAGCUUAUAACUGCCCCUCCUCCUUGAGUAUCCACAUGAGGAAACACACUGGAGAGAAACCCUACGAAUGCCUGGAGUGUGGGAAAGCCUUCUAUCUGCCCACCUCCCUUAAUACACACGUGAAAAAUCAAAGCAGAGAGAAGCCUUGUGAGUGUAAGGAGUGUGGCAAGGCCUUCAGCUGUCCCUCCUCCUUCCGAGCACACGUGAAAGAUCACCCUGCAAAGAUCCAGUAUGAAUGCAAGGAGUGUGGCAAGGCCUUCAGCCGCUCCUCAUCCCUCACGGAGCACCUAAGGACGCACAGUGGAGAGAAGCCUUACACGUGUAAGGAGUGUGGCAAGGCCUUCAUCAGCGCCUCCCACCUCACGGUCCAUGUCAGGACACACACCGGAGAGAAGCCCUACGCGUGUAAGAAAUGUGGGAAGGCCUUCAUUUACCCCUCGGCCCUGAGGAUCCACAUGAGAACACACACUGGGGAGAAGCCCUACGAGUGUAAGGAGUGCGGGAAAGCCUUUCGCCAUUCUUCCUACCUCACUGUCCACGCAAGAAUGCACACUGGAGAGAAGCCCUUUGAGUGCCUGGAGUGCGGGAAGGCCUUCAGCUGCCCCUCAUCCUUCCGAAGACACAUGAGGAGCCACACUGGAGAGAAGCCGUACGAGUGUGAGGAAUGCGGAAAAGCCUUCGUCUGGAACCCGCAUGCUAGUAAUCACGUUCGGACGCACACGGGGGAGAAACCCUACGAAUGCAAAGAAUGUGGCAAAGCCUUCACCACGUCAUCAAGUCUAACUGAACAUUUCAGGAUUCACACUGGAGAGAAACCCUAUAAAUGUAAGGACUGUGGCAAAGCCUUCACCAAGCGCUCAGGACUCACGACACACACGCUGACACACACUGGACAGAAGCCCUACACGUGCCGGGAGUGUGGGAAAGCCUUCACUUCCUCCUCGUGCCUCACCCUGCACGUGAGGACUCACACUGGAGAGAGACCCUACGAGUGUAAGGAGUGUGGGAAAGCCUUCCACGCUUCCUCAUACCUGCGGAAGCACGCUCGAAUUCACACGGGAGAAAAGCCCUAUGAGUGCAAGGAGUGUGGGAAGGCCUACAAAAGAUGUUACCUGCUAACUGAACAUUUGAAAACUCACACGGUAGAAAAACCCUUUCAGUGUAAGCUGUGCGGAAAAUUCUUCCGAAGCUCUGCGUGCCGUAAUAAACACAUCCGCAUUCACACCGGCAUCAAGCCCUACAAAUGUCAGUACUGUGAGAAAGCCUUCGCGGUCUCUUCGAGCCUGACUGAGCACGUGAGGACUCACACCGGGGAGAGGCCGUACGAGUGCACGGACUGCGGGAAGGCCUUCACCACGUCGUCCAGCCUCAUCGUGCACAGAAGGACCCACACGGGGGAGAAGCCCUACGGGUGCAAGGAGUGCGGGAAGUCGUACAAAAGGAGUUAUCUGCUAACGGAGCAUCUGAAAACUCACACGGGGGAGAAGCCCUUUCAGUGCAGCCUGUGCGGGAAAUCCUUCCGGAGCUCCUUGUGCCUUACCAAGCACGUCCGUGUUCACAGUGGAAUAAAACCCUAUAAGUGCAAAGACUGCGGGAAAGCCUUCACGGUUUCUUCAAGCCUGUCUCAGCACGUCAGGACUCACACCGGGGAGAAGCCCUAUGGCUGCAAAGAAUGUGGGAAGGCCUUCACCACGUCCUCAAACCUUUAUCACCAUGAAAGAAUUCACACGAGGGAGAAACCCUACAAAUGUCAGGAGUGCGGGAAGACAUACAGUAGAUUUUACCUACUGACGGAACAUUUAAUAACUCACACAGAAGGAAAAACUCUGGAAUGGAAGGAAGGCUGAGCGCCCUGGAGGAGCUUCUCGUGUCUGGUAAGAAUGUAGUGUGAGGAGCGGGAGGAAGGCACACAGCCCAGAUGCCCGUGACGGAAGGCAUGUGGGAGAAGCAGCGAGCCUCAUCCUGAGGGGAUGCACUGCAGGAAAUACACACGCCUUUUCUGCUUAGGUCUUGUCAUGGUGACAGAUACUACUGAUACAGGUGGGAAAGUUGUAAUUUUCUUAAAUACUAUGAUGUUUACUUGUGCUCCCUGGAGAAAACUGUUAUAAAGACAAUAAAUGUUGGAAAGUCAUUAUUUGUUAUUAAUGUUCAUUUAGUAAAUACGACUCACAUAAGAAUAACUGAAUGUUUGCAAUAAAGGAAUUGUGUCCUGAACCUUGUCUGACACAAAUACGGCUUUCUAGGUGGUUCUGUAGGUCUGUUUUGAACCUUUGGGAUCGUGUGAGUCAUUCCUGAACCCGUGUGUCUCUCCUCUCGUGUCAGUCGUUCCUGGACCGGUGUGUCUCCUCUGUAGCCACACCACUCUAGUCCAUUUGUUACAACUUCAGGUUGCAAUCCUGCCAAAAUUGGGCUGUCGGAUAGAUUUGAUCCUAAUGUAGAUCCUGUGGUCCCUUUGUCACUUUCUUAGUUUCCACUUGUGGCAGCUCACAUAUUGUGAGUUUGAGUGUUGUUAAAAGCUCUUGUACCUCUAUGUAAGUUAACUGCAAGCAGGGGCGAGUCAGGAACAGGUAAUAGCUGCUAAGCAUAAACUGGAUUUCCUGACCGUAAGCUGACAAUACAGUGACACAAUACAUGGGAGGAGUGCCGGAAGGCCUUGGCCUGCAGAUCCACUUGACAGUUUAGUACAGCAGUCAUCGCAUGCUUGGACAAAGCAACAGCUCAAACUGGCAUUCUCAUCAAACUCAUAUUCCUGACAUAAGUUAUAAAGCAGCAUUACUGACCUCACAGAAUUUCAGAUAUUUCCAUAGCAAUGCCAGGUAUAC